AUGACGGAUCAUUUCUGCGCCCCGCAGCGCUGCCGGGAGGAGGAGAAGCCAACGCGCGGGAAGCGCAGCAGGGUGAUUGCAGGGGCCGGCGACACCCCCGCCGCCGUCGACCACCCGCUGCACGAGGACCCAUACGACGAGAUCGAGGGCAACGGCACGCUGCUCCCUGCGCGCGUGCUCGACUCCGUGAUCAAGAUCUUCUGCAUGCACACGGAGCCGAAUUUCUCUCUUCCGUGGCAGCGCAAGCGGCAGGCGUCGUCCACGUCGUCGGGGUUCGCGAUCCCCGGCCGCCGCAUCCUCACGAACGCGCACUGCAUCGAGUACCACACCCAGGUCAAGGUGAAGCGGCGAGGGAGCGACUCGAAGUACGUGGCGCGGGUGUUGGCCAUCGGGCACGAGUGCGACACUGCGCUGCUGACAGUCGACGACGACGAGUUCUGGGAGGGCAUCGAGCCGGUCGCGUUCGCGGAGGCCGGCGGGGGGCUCCCGCGGCUGCAGGACACCGUCACCGUCGCGGGGUACCCCAUCGGGGGCGACACCAUGUCCGUCACGUCAGGCGUGGUGUCUCGCAUCGAGGUAACGUCGUACGUGCAUGGCAUGUCGGAGCUGCUCGGGGUGCAGAUCGACGCCGCGAUCAACUCGGGGAACUCGGGCGGCCCGGCGUUCAACCGGCAGGGGGAGUGCGUCGGCAUCGCGUUCCAGUCCCUGAAGGACGCCGACACUGAGAACCUGGGGUACAUCAUUCCGGUUCCUGUCGUGCGGCACUUCAUUCAGGACUACGAGCGCAACGGCAAGUACACGGGCUUCCCGAUCCUGGGCAUUCAGUGGCAGAAGCUCGAGAACCCCGACCUGCGCAAGUCCCUGGGGGUGUCGGACAAGCAGGGGGGGGUGUUGGUGCGGCAGGUCGACCCGACGUCGACGCUCGCGCCGCACGUGAAGAACGGCGACAUUCUGCUGUCGUACGACGGCACGCCGAUCGGCCAGGACGGCUCCGUCGUGUUCCGUUCCGGCGAGCGCAUCUCCUUCAGCUACCUGGUGUCGCAGCGGUACAUCGGCGAGACGGCGAAGCUCGAGGUGCUGAGCGGCGGCGAGGUGAAGCGCGUGAGCGCGAAGAUGGCCAUUCCGGCGCGGCUCGUUCCGCAGCACAUCAGCGACAAGCUCCCGUCGUACUUCAUUUUGGCGGGCCUGGUGUUCACGCGCGUGACGGUGCCGUACCUGCGGAGCGAGUACGGGAAGGACUACGACUACGACGCGCCCGUGAAGCUGCUGGACCAGAUGAUGCACGCGGUGGCGGAGAAGGCGGACCAGCAGGUGGUGGUGUUGAGUCAGGUCUUGGCGCACGAGAUCAACGUGGGUUACGAGGACAUCGCGAACACGCAGGUGCGGAAGGUCAACGGCGAGAAGGUCGACAACCUCGCGCACCUCGUGGACCUCGUGGACGGGUGCAAGGACAAGUACCUCCGGCUCGACUUGGAGUACAACCAAGUGGUGGUGCUCGAGGCCAAGGCGGCGCGCAAGGCCACGGAGGAGAUCCUCGCGAUGCACGGUGUCCCGACGGACCGCUCGACGGACCUCGAGUGA